AGUGCCUGCCUCCUCCUCCAUCAGCCGCCGUGCCUCCUGUCCUGGUCUGUCAGCAAGAGCGUGUCUGGCUCCUCACCUCGCCGCCGUACUUCUCCAAAACUUUCGCAGAUGAAUCUUAGUACACCUAGCAUUGUGCUCUGGGUAUUUUGUACUGCCUUGUGCUUGACAUGAACUGGUGGCAUUCGCUUGAGGUUCCUUGAGAGUAAAUUGUCCUGAGGGUGCUCAAUUUGAAUUUAAUGGAAUAGUUUGCAAAACCAUGGGGUGGCUUAUUCUCAACUGUCGAUGGACAUGGUUCCAGAUUCUGACCCAAAGUUUGCAUCAGAAACCUUGCCCAGCAAAAGUACUGCGGAGGCCUCUUGCAGUGGGGAUUUAAUUUGCAUUUGAAAUAGUGACAAGAGGGCAAAAUCUCGAUGAUGGGAUCUGAGUUAAUUACAGAUGUGCCCAGAAGUGCAGAGGAUGCUCAAGUUGAUAUUACUGAGUUCACCAAUUCUGGUAACGAGGAGCUGGCCAAUGAUCAGGAUCCUGAUGCAACUGAAUGUUCUAGUUCUUUUGGUGGCACUCUAUCCGAUUCCGAGUAUUAUUCUGGGAUGAGUGAAGCUGAAGUAGAUUCGCAAUUCUGCAGGGACAAUGAUUUUCCAUCUGCACUUGAUGCAUUCGAUAGUAUGUUUCGAAUGAGGAAGAAGAAGUUGACAGAUCACUGGAGGACAUUCAUACGUCCUCUGAUGUGGCGGUGCAAAUGGACAGAACUGAGAAUAAAGGAAAUUGAGUCACAAGCACUUAAAUAUGCUAAGGAACUGGCAGCAUAUGAACAAAACAAACAUUUGGCAUCAGAUCAAUGCCCAGAUCCAGUAGAACAAUUUGGUUCAAAGUCGCUGCCAUUUUCUGGUCACUGCUAUAAGAAAAAGAUCAUGAAGAGGAGGAAAAGAAAGAAGAUUGAAGAUACCACAGAUAUAGCAUCAUAUAUGUCGCAUCAUAACCUUUUCUCUUAUCUUGAAAAUAAGAGAUCGGAUCAGGAAGGAACUUUUAUUGCUGAUGACUUUUCUAACCCAGUGUUGCCAGACAAGAGCAGGAUUGUCAACACCGAAUUUGGACAUAGUGAUAGCCAAGCAUCGAUUGAGUUCAAAGAUGGUGAUAUGCGCUUGGAGCAGUUACUCCAGACAAUUGAAACUUUGCAUUCUAGAGUUCAUAAAUUGAAAGGCCAGCUUGAUGUGGUGAUUAUACAGAAUGCUGCUAAGUUCUCUUCUUCUGAGAACUUGACCCUGCUUGCACCUUAUGAAGCACAGACUAGUUGUGCACCGAGUCCUACGUUUUCUGCUGGCAAUGGAGAAGUGAAAUCAGUUGGUGUAUACUCCUCAGCUCAGCACAUGCCAGAGUGUGACAUAGGAGAUCUUGUUCUGCCUGAAAGCGUGGUUUCAAGUUAUGGGCAUGCAGUUCCUGUUCCUGAUGUAAUCGAAAGCACUGUGGGAUUAUUAUCUGCUACCAAUGUUACCAUCCAACAGCCGCUGAUCAGGGAUACAAGUGAAGAUAUAGUGGAUAAUGUCCUCAUACAUAAUGAGCUAGCUGAAGGAGAGAGUCAAAUGCUAAAGAGCUCAGAAGUGGAAGCAUUACUGAAGCAACCGGAAUUGGAUAAAGGAGAACAAGAUGAGAGCAAUGAUCCUUCUCCAGUUCCUGCUUUGAGGCCCGAGCCCGGGGUGAAAGGCGUUGCAUCACAGCAGGAGUCGACACUAAAAUCAUGUCUAGCCUCAGAUAUUAAUUUUCCUAAGAACAAGAGGAAACGAGCAGAACGUAGAUCUGGUUCAGGCGGUUGGACCAAGAAGUGCCCAGGAGAGCCAGAUAGCCAGUGAGAACUUUUAUUCCUCUCCAGGCUGACAAGGGCUCAGUGACCAAGGUUAAUGCAGGGGUCCUUUGUUCUAGAUUAGCAAAUCUUCAGGUCAGGUAUCAGGAUUAGGCAGGCUUGCGGUAACUUAUUGGUUGUCGUGGCCUUAGGUCUUUCUUCUCCAGUAAGUUGCAGAAAUUUUCUGCUAGACCAUGAAUCCAAACUAGCAGUAGCUUUCUGAAAAUGGACUUUUCUCUGUUGUAAAUCUUGAGUUCUAGAUACAUAUAGUUUUCAGGAGAGUUAGUUUUUUGUGAGAAAAGUCACAUGAUCAUCUCUCUAACUCUCGAAAACAAGUUCUGCGUAUCAGAUAAUCUGAGAUUGGAUGAAGGUUGUAUGGGUAAUUCGAUCAUUAAUUUA